UCCCCUGAGGCAGGAGGCUGCCCACCAGCAUGGGGCAGCGUGAGGGCACCCCCCCCCCGCAGCGUGGCCGCUGGCCACACCCUGGGUACAUCGAAGCCCACCUGGGCCAAGUCCCAGCAGCUGCAUCUGGCACACUUGGGGGUCUGCAGCCCCAGGAGGUGGAAGUCCACACCGUACCGCUCCCAGCAACCCUGCCCCUCCUUCAGGCCCCUGCCCCCUCCAGCUGUCAGCAGCGCCCAGCCUCCACCCCCUCACCACCCCCACAGCCACUGUUGCCAUGAGAACCCUGCAGGGCGGGCAGGAGUGCGCCAGUGAAGGGGGAGGUGGCCAUGCUGGAGGCUCCUGUGCCUGGGAGCUUUGUGGCCCUGGGGCAUGGAGCAGUGCCAAGGCCCACAGCAAGCUGCCCCCUUAGGAACCUUGCCCCUUAGCCCACAGCCUGCAAGGUGAGGGCUGGCUUCCAGGCUUCCCCUAGUGUGGGGAUGGGUCACGGGUACCGAACUUGCCAGGACCACACCAUGGAUGGCUGUAUUGGGUGUUCAUGGCCCUGCUUUGAACAGGACGCAGAAUGGGGUCGGUUCUGCCCUUCAGAGCCAAGCGCAUCUACUGCCUGACCCUCUGCCAAGCUAGGAUGUUCCCCGGCCCAAUGCCUUGUGGAGGGGGCUGGCAGAGCUGGGACGAGGACGUUACGGGGAAGGUUAUGGAAGGUCACCUGCAGACCCCAGGCUCAGAACAGCCCAAGCUGGCAGGGACACUGGGUGCAGGAGAGGCUGGUGUCCUGGGGACACCGGAGGCUGCUGGGGCCAUCUGGCCGCAGGUACCCGCCAAGAUUAUGGCAUGGGCAGCCUGGAAGCAGAUAGGGCCGCGGGGAGGCAGCCCAUCUGCUCCUGCCGGGCCCAACAAGAUCCCCCUAACCAAUCUGCAGCGCAGCCCAAGCUGGGGCUCCUCCUCUCAGGCAAGUGUGUUCGGGUGAUGCUUGCCGGCCACUCGGGGGCACAGGGUUCCUGUUGAGACUUUGAGGUCUGUCAGAGGGAGGCUGCAGGGACCCCGUCCUCCGCACAGCCCCAGGUUGACCCGUGCAGCUCCGUCCCCAGCUCCGCCGUGCAUCCCCUACUGGGCGCGGCUCCUUUAAGUACAGCCCCUUCUUCCUCCACCGGGGGCAGCACUGAGCAGCCAGGCCUGGAUCCUCGCUGCUGCCUCGAAGCUUCUGCCGGGGCCGGGGACGCAGCGGUGCUGAGGACACAGAGGAGCCAAGCUGGGGGUGGCACAGCCCACCGGGCACAGCCGGAGCACUACCCAGGUGCUUCUAACCCCGGCAUGGAGGAAGCGCCCGCGUUCUCGGCCCAAGCCAGCAGCCAGGGCUACUCCGCCCGCUGCGCCCCAGGGCAAAAGCCCCGCAAGGCAGAGUGAGCUGGAGCCGCCAGCCUGGGGACCUCUUUUAAGAUGACCCGUACGGACCCGCCGGACCUGUUGGUGUCGACCGUGUACCAGGACAUCAAGGUGGCGGCCCCGGGACCUGCAUCCAGGCGCCCGCCAUGUGAGCGAUCCGUGGCCCGGCCUGCCGAGCCCGCGCCUUUCAACAAGCGCCACUGCCGCAGCUUCGACUUCCUGGAGGCGCUGGACGGGCCAGCAGAGGAGACCAUGCCGGAGCCACCGCCCCCGGAGCCCGCCGUGUCACGCGCCCGGACCCGGGAGGCCGAGCCUCGCCGCCGCGCCCGCUCCAAGAGCGCGCCCCGCGCGCCCCCGGGCCUGACGCCCGCGCCCGCCUCGUCGCCGGUGUUGCCCCGCCGAGGGCGGGAAGCUCAGCGGGAAGCGCAGCGGGCGGCGCGGGCCGAGGCGUCGCCGCGCCGGGAGCCCGCGUACCCGGCCCUCCGCGCGCUCGCCAACGAGCUGCAUCCCAUCAAGCUGCAGCCGCAGCGGGGUGGCCCCGGCCGCAUAGCGCCCCUGUGCGCCGCCGCGGGCCGCUGCGCACCGCCGGAGCCGCCCGCGGGACCCGCCCCCCACGUGCGCUGCCGCCUGGACAUCAAGCCCGACGACGCGGUGCUCCAGCACGCCGCCCGGAGCUCGCGGUCCUACGCGCCCGCCGAGGCCGCCUCCUGGGCCCGCCCUGCCCCGCAGUUCCACGGCCUCACGGUGCCCGGGCCCCGCCACAUGGCGCUGUCGCGCACCCCCACGCCCAGCGACUCCUACUGCGCAGACCCCCGGGCGCUCUACUGCGACGGGCCCCUGCCUGGGCCCCGGGACUACGCCGAGCGCCGCAGCCUGCCCUUCACCACCCCGCCGGGCCCCACCCAGUUCUUCUACACCGAGGAGUCGCAGGGCUUCCGGGGCAGCUACGCGGCCAGCCCCGGCCCCACCUUCGACGCCUACUGCCCCAGGCCCUACCGUCCGGAAGAGCUCCCCGGGCCCAGUCCCCGGCGCGUGGGCGGCUACUACGCGGGAGAAGUGCGCACCUUCCCGAUCCAGGAGCCGCCCUCCCGCUCCUACUACGGGGAGGCUCCCCGAGCCUACGGCCUGCACUACGGGCCCCGCUACGUCCCGGAGGAGCCCCGGGCCCACCACACCGCCCGCCCCUUCUACACAGAGGACUUCGGGCGGUACCGCGAGCGCGAUGUCCUGGCUCGGACGUACCCGCACCCGCGCAGCAGCCAGGCCUGGGCGGACUGGGGCCCGCGCCCGUACCGCACCCUGCAGGUGGCGCCGCCCUCGGACCCCGACCCGCUGCUCGCCUCCUGGCACGGCGGCACCGGCACCAGCCCGCCCCGGCUGGUCACCGACAGCCGCCACUACUCGCGCUCCUGGGACAACAUUCUGGCCCCGGGGCCGCGCCGGGAAGACCCCCUGGGCCGCGGCCGCAGCUACGAGAACCUGCUGGGGCGCGAGGUGAGGGAGCCGCGGGGCGCGUCCCCCGAAGGCCGGCGCCCGCCCGUCGUGGUGAACCUGUCCACCUCGCCCAGACGCUACGCCGCCCUGUCCCUGUCCGAGACGUCGCUGACCGAGAAGGGGCGCUCGAGCGAGGGUCUGGGCCGCAACUGGUACGUGACGCCCGAGAUCACCAUCACCGACAACGAUCUGCGCGCCGCCGAGCGCCCAAGCGCCAGAGCCUGGGAGCUGCCCGGGGGACGCGCGCGGCCGCCUCCCCACGCGGCCCCCGACGGCCCCACCUCUGGCCGCCAGCGCAGCCUGGAGCAGCUGGACGAGCUCAUCACGGACCUGGUUAUCGACUCGCGGCCCCCCGCCGGCCAGGCCUCGGAGCCUGCGGCCGACUGCCUCGGCCCCCAGCUGCGCCGCCUGCUGGACUCGCGGCCGGCGGGCCCCGGGGCCCCCGCGCUGGCGCCGCCACGCUCGCCCCCCGCCUCGGCCGGCAGCGCGGAGGAGCCCGCGGCCCCGGGAGAGGCGGCCGACGCGUCCCCCGAGCCCAGCGCCGACGAGGACGACCUGAUGACCUGCUCCAACGCGCGCUGCCGGCGCACCGAGACCAUGUUCAACGCCUGCCUCUACUUCAAGUCCUGCCACAGCUGCUACACCUACUACUGCUCGCGCCUCUGCCGCCGCGAGGACUGGGACGCGCACAAGGCGCGCUGCGUGUACGGCCGCGUCGGCAGCGUGUGUCGCCACGUGCUGCAGUUCUGCCGCGACAGCGGCCCGGUGCACCGCGCCUUCUCGCGCAUCGCGCGCGUCGGCUUCCUGUCCCGCGGCCGCGGCGUUCUCUUCCUGGGCUUCCCGAGUCCCGGCUCCGCCGACAACUUCCUGCGCUUCGGCCUGGAGGGGCUGCUGCUGUCUCCCACCUACCUGUCGCUGCGCGAGCUGGCCACACACGCGGCGCCCCUGGGCAGCUACGCCCGCGAGCUGGCGGCCGCGGGGCGCCUCUACGAGCCGGCCGAGUGUUUCCUGCUCAGCGUGUCCGUGGCCGUUGGACCCGGCGCCGCGCCCCCGGGGACGCCCGCCCUGCCCGUGCCCGCGCCACGCAGCCACGGGCCCACGGUGCGCAAGUUCGCCAAGGUGGCGCUGGCGGCCGGCAGCCCCGCGCGGCCGCCCCCGGCGCGGAGCCGCGAGCCCGACAUGGAGACGCUGAUCCUGACGCCGCCGCCCGGCACGGCGGGCCUGGAUCAGGACGGCGAGGCAGGCCGGCGCGCGCGCGAGGUGGCCUUCAUCCACAUCCAGCGCGAGCUGCGGCUGCGCGGCGUCUUCCUGCGCCACGAGUUCCCGCGCGUCUACGAGCAGCUCUGCGAGUUCGUCGAGGCCAACCGGCGCUUCACGCCCACCACCAUCUACCCCACGGACCGGCGCACCGGCCGCCCCUUUAUGUGCAUGAUCAUGGCCGCCUCCGAGCCGCGCGCUCUGGACUGGGUGGCCAGCGCCAACCUGCUGGACGACAUCAUGUGAGGCGCGGGGCCUGCCGGAGCCCUGCCCUGCCCGGCCCACCCACGGCCGUCCCCAGCCCC